ACUCCCCUUCUUCAUCUGUUGAAAAUUGGCGGGUAAAUGCUGCUGCCAUACGCUCAUCGUAUUAAUAGUCGUUAAUAAUUGAAUGUAUUGUUUGUGAAAAGUACCGGAUAAUGUACGGUUAUCUGUGACUCAGGAACAUUUAUUCGUAAACGAUUCCCAUGAUAUUAGCAAACGAUAUUUUUAUCAAGCAGCACGCAUCGUGACGUACAAAAGUAAAAGUUGAACAAGGUUAGCACUCUAAAAAUGGAGCACGAGGACAGCGAUACUGAUUUAGAUAUUUUAAAUAAUCUUAUAUCAAAUGAUACCGAGGACACUGGACAAUCUGAACAGCCUGAACAAUUUGAACAGCCUAAGCAACAGCCUAAGCAACAGCCUGAACAGCCGAGACCUGAAGCAAGGAAAACUUUAAUCGAAUUGCUGUUUAAUUUUUUAGAUUCUACACCUAGUAAUAUAGACAAUGAAGGUAAACCAGCCAAUGAAAAGGUCACUUCAAGUGAGAUUCAUGACGGCAAGCUAGACUCUUCAGAUGACGAAGACAGGCGUUACUUCGAGGAACAGAAAUAUUCUAAUUAUGGACGUGACUUAAAGCAGCUGUUGAAAAAACAUUCCAUGCCUGAAUCCGAGCAGCCAGUAAAGUUGUCGCAGGACAGUAAGACUUCCAUGAAAAGUAACAACAACAAUAAUAAGACUUUUGACUUCAAUAAUGCUAUAAAGAGCAGUAAAAAUAAUAUCUCAGCAGCAAGGGAUGUAUACAGUGACCCUUUCUUCGGAAUAAGAAUCGUUAGUCCGCUCAUAUCGUCCGCCGAGAUGAAAGAGCGCAUGGUAGGUAAGAUAGCUGUGACAAUAUCCGGAGUAAAGAGCCACAUCAUCUCCGAGAAUGUGCACAAUGACUGGGUAAUUGCCGGUGUGCUGAUCAGCAAGUCGGACACGAAGACCUCGCAGAAGGGCAGUUCUUACUGCAUCUGGAAGAUAAGCGAUCUGUCCGAUGACAUGAGGACCGUGACUGUCUUCCUGUUCAGCAACGCGUACAAACAGCUGUGGAAGACCAUCACCGGCAGCGUCGUGGGUAUCCUCAAUCCGAACGUGCUCGAGAGCAAGGACAACAUCGACCAGGCGACACUGUCGAUCGACAAUCCCCAGAGGUUGAUGAUCCUCGGCCGGUCCAAAGACAUGGGCAGGUGCAAGUCGGUGAAGAAAAACGGCGACGCGUGCACGGCGGUAGUGAACACCAGCCGAUGCGAGUACUGCGUCUACCACGUGAAGCGGGAGUACAAGAAGUGCUCGCGACGCGCGGACCUGCAGUCGAGCAACACCGGCCAUAGCUUCGCCGGAGACACGUUGAAGCGCAUGAACAAGCGGCAGAACGAGCGGAAGAUCCCUUACAACGGAAUGGCGCCGUUCGUGCCGGUGUUGGCGAAACGCAACGAGAAGUUAUACGAGAAAGACUGCGCGCGUCUGGAGUUGCUGGCCGGAGCCGUUUCAAGUAAUAAUCCUGGGAGGACGAAGGACGAGGAGCGGAAACCCGAGGUCGCGGGCGUUAAGAGGAAAGGAGUGGCCGUCGAGCUGACGAGCAAGCAAUCCAAACUGGACCACGGACGACUCAACAAGUUGAGAGGCUGGCAGUCUCCGAGGCAGGUAAUGAUGCAGUCGUCGGCCAACGGGCCGGUUCUGUGCUCCAGCCCUCCGGUGCAAGCGAAGCGAUGCAAUCCCAGUACACUCAGCGAACCUGAGACCAACCCGAUGGACAAGAAAGUCUCUCUGGUCGCUUUGUCUUCAAGCCCGCGACUGGGGACGGGAUGUAAACAGGGUAUGAUCGACUUCUCGGAGCCGAUUACCAAGCAACAGGUCCGCAGCGCCAAGAUGAACGCGAUCAAGUGGGUGCAGAAGUACGGGAAGAUCUCGGCGAGGGAUCCGAAUCAGGUGCGCGCGAGCUCGCAGGAGAAGCUGGAGAUGAGCGCGAAGCGCCAGCGGGAGCACGACGGGCGGGCGGAGCGGGACGCGAAGAGGGCGAAGAUGAACGACAAGUUCAAGGAGCUGCUGGCGGCCAAGUCCUCGCACACCGACCUGAUCGAGAAGUCAUACGACGAGGAGAAGGAGAAGUACUUCGACAAGCUGGAGGCGAAGGAGCGGAUGGAAGAGAAGAUGAUGAACACCUUCAAGGUCGGCUGCAAAGCCGUGACGUGUCUGGCGUGCAAAUACACGGCGUUCUCGGCGUCGGACAUGUGCAAGGAGCAACGGCACCCGUUGCGCGUCGUCGACGCCGUAAAAAGGUUCUUCAAGUGCGCCGACUGCGGCAACAGGACCGUCAGCCUGUACCGCAUGCCGGCGCACACCUGCGGUAAGUGCAACGGCUCCAGCUGGGCCAGGGCGGCGAUGAUGGACGAGAAACGGACUGAUAUCGCCGGGCCGGCCCUUUCCAUACGCGGCGCCGAAGAGAAGUUCCUGGGCUCGGCGGUGAAAGAUAGCAAUCUCAACCUCCUCGUUCCAGACGAGGACUAGCGUAUCCUCCUUCAUGUCUCCCCUCUCUCUCUCUCUCUCUCUUUUUCACCGUUAGAAAUAUUUUUCCAUUGUAUCGGUGCUUUGUCCCGAGCACUUCGAAUGUUGCAGACACGCAGAGAUGCAUGCGAAGAUUUGGAGACUGAGAAUUCAAAAUUGGAUGGGACGCAAACCGCGGUGCCUCUCCACUAGGUCUCGCACACCGAUGUGUGCGUGAUACAUAUGUAUGGAGUAUUUAUAUAUAAAAUGUAUAAGGACUUAGGUGUGGCGCUGAAAUGCGCCACGCAACGUCCGUGUCAAGAGAUAUCGCAUGGAGUAUUAAUAGAAUUGUUUUUAACACUCGUUUGUACAUGGUAAAUAUAGGAGUUCAAGGAUAACGGCGCACUGUGAACUCGUGCGAAUCGAUACUCCGGACUCGAAUUGAUCGUCCAUUGAGAUUUUUAUAACAGUGAACCUUGUGUGCUAAUUGUGCGUGAGAUUGAUGUACCGAAAGGAGGAUUUGGUAAUAAAUACUAAAAUUUGGUGAAUAUUUGCCGGCCAAAUAUUUGAUCACCGCAAGCAAAUAAUUUAGUUCCGCGUACUAGAUAUACAAUAUAUAGAAUUACACACACGCAGUAUUGUAUAUACAGUACACGGAACUAAAUUAUUUGAUUGAAGUAAUCAAAUAUUAGGUCGGCAAAUAUUCAUUAAUUUUAGCAAUAUUCAUUAGUUUUAUUAUCAAAUUCUCUUUUCGGUAUAUUCUAUGUAUUUUACAGAAUUAUUAGAUUAGAAUCUACAAAUUAGAAAUCUACAUGUAUUUUAUAGAAUUAUUAGAUUAGAAUCUACAAAUCCUUUCGUUUAAUAUCCUUCUGUUUAUUGUCAGUAUUACCAGUUUUCUUUUCCCCCUCUCUCUUUCUCUCUUUUUUACUCUGUAUGAAAUGUACAAAUAUAAGGAAAUCCCAAGAGUUUACUUCUUGCACAUUUCCGAAACGAGAUACAUCGGAUUCUCCUUCCCGUCCAAGAUUUAUACAGCAAGCAGAAACGUUUCUGGUACAACCAGGUAUAACAAUCGUAUAAAAAACACUAUGUCAUCCUCCAUUUCAACUGCGUUCUUCGCUAAAUCACAUUCGUUUGAGGUUCACGUUUAGGCUGAGGGGAGUCACUGUCUUCCUUGUGUAUUUGUAUUCGUGCUUCGACAGGGCGUUGUUAUAUAUAUGAAGUGCUUUUCUCAUCACGAGUAAAACUGUUCCUCUUCCUACUCACGAACGGGACACGAAUUGUCUGAAGGUAGAUGUCGGUAAAGUUUCCAAACAUGAAGAACAUGAACUGUGAUUGGGGUCCGGAAGCAUCGCGUUGACAUAAAUCACCGCGGGCCGACGUUGAAAAGCACGAUAAUACGCAAUAUACGUGAUAAAAUAGAACCCCGGAUUAAUCGAUCAUGUGAUCACGUGAGAUGAUUCUCCCGUGAGGUGUGUUAUGCCAGUGUAACAGUUCCGGACUCUAAUAACCAUCUUGUUUGUAUGAGAAACAUAGAUUGUAUUUUUUCACUCAUGUAAUGUUUAAUAUCCUAUGGUUGUCCAGUUCUAUUCGGCAUUUUUUAAUAUUACGAUGACACGUUACUCUUCCUUGUAUAUAAAACUUCGAGUAAAAUAUGCGUGAGAAAAGGAAGAUUAGAAAUAAUGCCAGCCUGUAACGAACGCUCGAAUGUGAUUUCUUCUUACGAAUAUGACUGUCGUUAGCGAAUUUCGUAGCCCUUUUAACACGCCAUACACCGAUUAUACCGAUUUUUAAUAGCUCUCGCGCGCAAUCUUACGUAAUUUUCUCACGUAAUUUUCAUUUAUCAACGAACGAAUUCAAACAUCACUAAAUGACAAAACGACACGAAAUAUGUGUAUACAUAUACACACACGCACAAUUCACCUAAUUAUUAUAAUUAUAUACAUGUAUAAACGUAGUAAAAACUGGGGAGGCGCUUUAAAAAAAAAAAAAAAGAAAAAUGUU